AUGACGACCAGGUACAGAGUAGAAUAUGCCCUCAAGACUCACCGAAGAGAUCAAUUUAUAGGUUUAGUAUUGCCCGCUUACUUACUUGCACGGAUUAAUCAAAUAGAAUGGAUCAAGGGUCUACUAGCUGUCCCGUUUGUGCUCUACUCGCAGCCGACGGGGGUCUUUGAGCCCAGCCAUGGCUCAGGGGUGAGCAAGAUGUCGGAGGAGGCUCACAGGCGUUAUGCUGAGAUCAUGAGAGACGUCGAAACCAUGAUUGACGACCACAGCAAGUCAACCCCAGCCAAGUCUAAUUCCUCCCAUCGUUUUUACCCUUUGCCCUUUGCCCUUUGCUGUUGGCACAAAUUCAAGUGCACCCAAGCGAUAUUCGUUGCUGACCAUCCAAGCAUAGUCUUCCACCAAAAUGAUGAGAAUCCCUUUCCUUCAAAACUCAAGCUGCUUGUGCCCAGCAUCGGGCCGUUCUUCACGCGCUUGCCCUUGGAAGCAGCCUUCAAAUUUCAGGACAGAAAGCGGUACAUUUCUUCGCGACGAUUCGUCUCCCCGUCCUUUAACGACGUCCGCCUCAUCCUCAACUCGGCUCAAAUCAUGGCAGUUACCACCUAUGGGACCUUACAGCUGGCUACAUUUGAUGGUGAUGUGACUCUGUAUGACGACGGGAAGAGUCUAGAGCCAGAUAGCCCCGUGAUACCUCGGAUGAUGGAUCUACUUCACAAAAGCGUCAAGAUUGGUAUCGUCACGGCGGCUGGCUACACGACAGCUGAUCGGUACUACGCUCGUCUGCACGGACUUCUCGACACCAUGGCCUCCAGCUCGACCCUGACGGACCAGCAAAAGCAAAACCUGAUCGUCAUGGGCGGCGAGGCUAACUACCUCUUCCAAUUUGAUCCUUCAGCACCGCACCUUCUGUCUGCAGUGCCGCGUGAGCGCUGGCUGACCCCGGAGAUGGCGUCUUGGAACGAAGGUGACAUCGAAAACAUGCUCGACGUGGCCGAGAGCGCGCUCAACGACUGCGUCAAGAACCUCAACCUGCCCGCCACCGUGAUGCGGAAGGACCGCGCCGUGGGCAUAAUCCCGCGCGACCCCGACGUCCGCAUCGCGCGCGAGAGCCUCGAGGAGACAGUCCUGGUCGUGCAAAAGAUCCUUGAGCUCAGCGUCGCGGGCAGGUCGGGUCGGGUGCCGUUCUGCGCCUUCAAUGGCGGCAACGACGUUUUUGUCGACAUUGGCGACAAGUCCUGGGGUGUCACGGUCUGCCAACAAUGGUUUGCGGGCGGGAGCGCCGACAAGUUCAUCCGUGGCGAGAAUACGCUGCACGUAGGCGAUCAGUUCCUCAGCGCGGGCGCCAACGAUUUUCGGGCGAGGAGCGUCGGCACCACGGCGUGGAUUGCCAGCCCGGCCGAGACGGUUGACUUGUUGGACGAGCUGGCUGAGCUGAUGGGGAAGAAGCUGUCUUAG